AUUGGUCAAGCCUUGGAAAAUUGCUCGUAAUUUCGUUGCAUCCGUACUAGAAUAACGUGACUGCGUAGAAAGUGUGAUUCGGAAACCAUCGCUUCCUCAACCCCUCUCAAUUGAUUCAAGAUGCCUCACGCUUACCCAUUCCUCACACCAGAGCAGAAGAAGGAGCUGAGCGACAUUGCUCAGAGGAUUGUGGCCCCUGGCAAAGGCAUUCUUGCUGCGGAUGAGUCUACAGGUAGUGUGGCAAAGCGAUUCCAGAGCAUCAAUGCUGAGAACACAGAGGAGAACAGGAGACUGUACCGCCAGCUGCUGUUUACCGCAGACGACCGCAUAAAGCCUUGCAUCGGUGGCGUCAUCCUCUUCCAUGAGACCCUCUACCAGAAGACAGAUGAUGGCAAAACUUUCUCCCAGUACCUUAAGGAGAGGGGCAUGGUAGUUGGCAUCAAAGUGGACAAGGGUGUGGUUCCCCUGGCUGGCACUAAUGGAGAGACCACCACACAGGGUCUGGAUGGGCUGUACGAGCGUUGUGCUCAGUAUAAGAAGGAUGGGGCAGACUUUGCUAAAUGGAGGUCUGUGCUGAAGAUCACUGCCACAACUCCCUCUAGACUGGCCAUCAUUGAGAACGCCAAUGUGCUCGCUCGUUACGCCAGCAUCUGCCAGAUGCAUGGCAUUGUGCCCAUCGUGGAGCCUGAAAUUUUGCCUGAUGGUGACCAUGACCUGAAGAGGACACAGUAUGUGACUGAGAAGGUUCUGGCUGCUGUGUACAAGGCCCUGUCAGACCACCAUGUUUAUUUGGAGGGCACUCUGCUCAAACCCAACAUGGUGACUGCCGGCCAUGCCUGUUCCCAGAAAAACACCCCCCAGGAGAUCGCCAUGGCAACUGUCACUGCUCUUCGCCGCACUGUUCCUCCUGCUGUGCCUGGUAUCACCUUCCUGUCUGGAGGCCAGAGUGAGGAGGAGGCCACACUCAACCUGAAUGCCAUGAACCAGUGUCCCCUGCAAAGGCCCUGGGCCUUGACCUUCUCUUACGGUCGUGCCCUGCAGGCCUCUGCCCUCAAAGCCUGGGCUGGCAAGAAGGAGAAUGGCAAAGCCUGCCAGGAGGAGUUCGUAAAGAGAGCUCUUAACAACAGCCUGGCCUGUGUCGGGAAGUAUGUGUCCUUAGGAGAUAAGGGUGCUGCUGCGGGGGAGUCUCUCUUUGUGGCCAACCAUGCCUACUAAUCACCAAGAAGCCUUUUACAUUUCAAUCCACUUCUUAUUCCUAAAGAAUCUCUGAACCCAAACUCCAUCAUGUGACCCAUUCCCUUUUUAUUUCUAGUGUUUGUUACUUCUAUGUGUGAAACAAAACUAUGAAACUAAGAGAUGAAUCCUAAAAGAGUAAUAAUUGUAGUUUAUUAACUUGAUGUCCAGAUGUUUUUUGCCCCAGUCUCCUCCCUCUUCCUACUUUUAAUAACACUCCCAUGUGUUCUAAUGUCGAAUUCUGCGGAGAAACGUUGCUCUUGUACUGAUAUUAACUGUAUUUGACUUGCACAAAGAACAAAUGCCUUUCAGGGGUAUAUUAUUAUUAUUGUUAUUGUUUAAUAUGAUACUCACUGGGAAGAAAACAAUAAAGUAUCUUUCACAGCUAUAACCUCA